AUGUCAAAUGUCGAGGUUACGGCCUCACCUUCCAACGGCGUCAGUGCGCAGGACGUCAUUGAGAAACUCAGUCUGAAACCCAACCCAGAAAAGGGCUUCUUUUGGGAGACCUUUGAAGACUCUGGCACUGUUAAUAAUCGGUCUUACUCUACGGCCAUCUACUAUCUGCUAGAGGGCAAGGUCGGUACGUCGAACUGGCACAGGGUCGUGGACGCCGUCGAGAUAUGGCACUUCUACUGUGGGGCACCUCUUAGGCUCGAACUUUCAUGGAGCAACGGUACUGCGACGCAGCGCCGGAUCCUCGGAAACCACAUUUUUGAAGACCAAUCGCCUCAGGUCGUCAUCGAGAAAGGCCAGUGGCAAAGGGCGGAGAGCCUGGGGGACUGGACACUGGUGGGGACAACGGUUGCGCCAGGCUUCACGGAGAGCGGAUUCGAGAUGCCAGAACCGGGUUGGGAGCCAGAUGAUGAAAAAUAA